CAAAGGUUCUUUUUUGUGCAUUUAAAAGUUAUUAUUUGUUGCGAAUUGUGCAGGGUCUGUGCAUUGGAAUAGAAGUUCAGGACGAUUUUCAACGUCAUCUCUGUGACUGGCUCACAUCUAAAGCUUACUUUUUGGUGUUUUAUUUUUGAAUGUUUGUCAAUCUGGAUUCUGAAACUAAGCUGCAAUCAUGCAUCGAGAAAUAACCAAGAUUAUUGAAUGAACAACACAAGGUGUUUGAUAUUGUUUGUUUAUUAGCUAAUUGCAUUUUUGUGCAUUUAAAAGUUAAUAUUUGUUGCGAAUUGUGCUGUCCUGUUUACUUGUUCAAUAUGAGUAAACGAGUAAAGGCCUGCUGUGUACCAGGAUGCACGAAUAAGCAACUGAUAAGACAUUCCAUUCCUACGAAUGAAGACAUUUGCAGAAUUUGGUUGCAAAGAAUAAAUAACCCCAAGUUAAUGCGUGCAGAUACAGUAUUAUCAUCACAUAGAAUAUGUGAUAUUCAUUUUGAACCAAUUUGUAGAAACCCCAAUGGCAGGUUAAAAAAACUUUCACUGCCAACUCUACAUUUACCUGGUUACGAAAAAGAUGAAAAUGAUAUUUUUUGGGUACAGGAGCAACCAUCUUCAUUUUCAACUCCAAAAAGGCUGGUAGAAUCAAUUGCAAGGACUAGUUCCUCUAUCAGCACCUUUACUGGUAACAGCCCAAUAGAGGGAACAAAAAAACCUGUUAAGGUGUACACAAGGAAGCGAUUAUUUCAAGCACUUGUUGAAGAACCUUAUAGCUCCUCUAGUAUGCUGUAUGAACCAUCAAUAUUGACUAAUAUGGAAACAGAUAAACUUGAAGGACACUCGGCUGUGACAGAAAAACGAGAGAAAAGGUACAUGCCAAACAGUUUUCAAAGCAAUGAUUUUUGUGAAAAUAUUGCAAUAGAAUUUCCAGAUAAUUACACAUCUACUUACCAGAUAAUCGAUUCAGUAACAAAUGAAGAAUAUGUGUUAGAUGAUACAAUGGUUUCAGGUUUAUCAAAUGUAAAUUUGCGAACAGGUAAAAUGGUUUUGUAUCUUCAAAUGACUGAAGGUCAACUUCGAAACAAUAUGAAAAUAGAGGAAAUUCCGAAAUGUGAAGAGUGUAAACAAGACGCGGUAGGAAAAUCAGUUAUAAACUGUGACAAAGGAUGCGGGAAACUGUUUCACAUUUCCUGCGUUCAAAUAUCAAGACAAAAUUUAGAUCUAUUGAAAAUGAUUGAGGGGGUUACGUGGCUUUGUAAAAACUGUAGAAAUAAAUAAACGUAAUAAAUAGAAAAAGAAAUAUUUCGUAUAUAAAAAAAUAAACAUUUUGUUAUAAAUACUAUUAUUUUUAUUUGUCCUCAAAUUUGAAGAAACAAACUAACAUU